AUGGCUCCGCCCCCUGCCCCUCCCCCGCCGCAGGACGCCAAAUCCAUCAAGGAGGAGCAGCCGCAGGCUCCCCGCGUGCCCAGGAAUGGCUUCCAGGGGAAGAGGAGGAACAGUUUUAACGUGGGCUUCAAGCACCCAGUGGCGUUCAAGCGGCGGAGGCGGGUCAACUCAGACUGCGACCCCGUCCUGCCGUCCAACUUCCUCCUCGGGGGCAACAUCUUCGACCCGCUCAACCUCAACAGCCUGCUGGAUGAGGAGGUCAGCCGGACGCUCAACGCCGAGACCCCCAAGUCCUCGCCGCUCCCUCCCCGCAGCCGGGACCCCGUAGAGAUCCUAAUCCCGAAGGACAUCACCGACCCACUGAGCCUUAACACCGGUGCUAGCGAUGUGGAGCUCCUCCUCUCCCCGCUCAAGAGUGGCAGAAAAAGGCACCGCCAUCGGCACCACCCGUCAACCGAUGUGCCCCCCAAGGGGCCCAUUGGGCUGGGCCAGGAGGUCGAGCCCACACCUGAGGAGUUACGGCCAUAUGAACUCAACACUGCCAUUAAUUGCCGUGAUGACAUCGUCUCUUUACCCUCCUUGGAUAAUGAAGGACUUGAUGGGCCAGCUGCCACUGCCAGCGGCACGUGUACGUCGGGCUCCCGGCACCGAAAGAGGAGGAGGACCUCUAGCAAGUCGGAAGGGAGGCAAGGGAGCCCAGAGAAAGGCAAGACAUUGGCCAGCGUGGUCACCACCGCCAAACACCAAAGCAGUACGGCGGUGGCCUUCAAACCACCAUGUUCAGGGCCCCAGGGUAAAGAGAAGAGCCGCUUCCAGUUCGGGAAUUAUUGCCGAUACUAUGGAUAUCGAAACCCUUGCCGGUCGGACGAUCCUCGUCUGCGGGUGCUGAGGCCCGAGUGGUUUCAGGGCAAGGCAGUGUUGGACAUUGGCUGCAAUGUUGGCCACCUGACCCUGAACGUAGCGCAGAGCCUGGGGCCCUCGCUCAUAGUGGGGCUGGACAUUGAUGGCUCGUUGAUACGAGCCGCCCGGCAAAACAUCAGACAUUAUCUCUCAGAGUACACGAAAGGCAACGCCCCUCUUUCUCUCUCCACCCCGCAGGGUAAUUAUGUGGUGGACCGGGACGAGCUGGUGGAGGUGCAGCAGCCAGAAUACGACGUCAUCUUGUGCCUCAGCAUCACCAAGUGGAUCCAUCUGAACUGGGGAGACGAGGGACUGAAACGCAUGUUUCGGAGAAUCUACAGACACCUGUCCCCGGGGGGGAUCCUCAUCCUGGAACCUCAACCCUGGUCCUCGUACGGCAAGAGGAAGAAGCUGACAGUGAGUAGAGCGGGGGGUGGGGAUGGAUCUGUUUGA